AUGAAGUGUCUUUGGAGGGAACAGCUUGUAGAGGGAGAGAAGCAGAAGCCCAGAGCUGGGAGAAAAGAGUGCAGGAGAACUGGGAAAAUUGUGUGGUUUGAGUUGAACCUGUCCUACCAGAAUUUAGGCGAUCCAUAUCAGAGAGAGAACUUCAUCCGCAUUCUCCGAAGGCUCAUCCGCGUGGAGAAAUUACAACUGGUCGACAAUUCCCUCACAGACCUAAGCUCAGUAAGACUGCCAAGGUGCCAAACCCUGAACCUGCAGCGGAACCAUCUAGUGAGCCUGUGUCUGCUGCCAAAGCUCCCGGCUGCGGAGCACCUGUGUCUGUCGGACAACGCCAUCUCCUCCCUGUGUGGCCUGGGGGCUAUGGAGAACAGCCCCCUCAGGUCCCUCAGCCUCAGCUGCAACCCUGUAACCUUCAGCCCCCAGUACCGCGCCCGGGUUUUCUCAUUGUUGCCAAAGCUGCAGGUGCUGGAUGGCAUUCCAAAGCUGCCAGAAGACUGUGUGCCAUGUCCAGCCCUGACCUCAGCCACCACCUCCAUGUGCAAGAUUUUAUAA